UCAAUAACCAACAGUACAGUAAAUUGGCCAGAGGCAACACAUCAGUUACAAAAAUAAACGAAGAUUACCAACAAGUGAUAGCAAAAAAUAUAAUUCGUGCAUUAAAAUACAAUCAAACACCAUUAUAAAUCGCCCACAAACAAACACUUUAUAUAAUUUAUUUAUUUCGUCUACAAUUUAUUUUUUAAUCAGUUUCUUAUAGGACUUUAAGCUGAACAGUCGAAGUACAGUUUAAAGAAAAUGGGGAAUUUUAAUAAAAUCUGCAUGCUUUUAGCAUUAGUAUCGGCACUUGUGGUUGGACAAGAGCAAUGUAUCACACCUACUCGCAACCCAGGUUAUUGUCUCUAUUUACAUCAGUGCCCUUUACUUGACCAGUUGCCAAGACAUGAUCCAAGAAACGUUGAGUAUCUACGUCGAAGUGCAUGCGGGGCAAAUAAUGUUGGGAUUUGCUGUCCAUUGUAUGUUCCACCUGCUCCACCACCUCCUACUGAUUCAGGUGUUUUACCAACACCUGGCGAUAUAAACGGUUGUGGAAAUCAUGACUUGCAUGCAAAUAUCGUGGGAGGAGAACCAACUGAUAUCUAUGAGUACCCUUGGAUAGCUAUGAUUGAAUACACAAAACCUCGUGGCAAUCGUGGCUAUCAUUGUGGUGGUGCGCUAAUAAACAAAUGGUGGGUCGUCACAGCUGCACAUUGUUUAGAUAAUAAACAAUUACAUGAACGAAGAUGGAUAGUGUCAGGGGUUCGCUUGGGCGAAUGGCAAACGUCAACAAAUCCCGAUUGUGAUGAGAUGACAUCUAUUUGCGCACCUCCAGUUGAAGACAUACAGGUUGUGCAGCAGAUUAUACACGAAAACUAUAUGCCUAACUCAAGAGAACAUCCAAAUGAUAUUGCUUUGUUGCGGUUAGGACGAGAAGUUACAUAUACGUCAUUCAUCAAACCGAUUUGCUUACCGAUAUCGAAAAAAGUAGUUGGUAAAGUCUACGACGGAGAACCAUUAUGGGGUGCAGGUUGGGGACGAACCGAAACAGCAUUAAACAGUGACUUGAAGUUGAAAGUCGAAUUAGAUGCUAAGUCAAUGGAAGAAUGUAACGAAAUAUAUAGUGAACUCGGUGUUACUUUGAGCGAAACACAAUUGUGCGUCGGAGGUAAAAACGGAACUGAUACGUGCCAAGGUGACUCAGGGGGACCUCUGAUGGACACAGAAACUACAGAAAAUAAUCGAAUGAGCUAUCACUACCUAGUGGGUCUUGUUUCAUUCGGACGUACGCCGUGCGGACAACGUGGAUGGCCUGGAGUAUAUACAAGAAUGGACAAAUAUGUGGAUUGGAUCAAAGAAAAAAUUGGAAAUAAAAAUUAACAUGAUCAUCGAAUCCGACGAUAAAAUGUAAAAAAAUGAAUCAAUCUUUGAAU